AAAAUGUUGGCUGCCGAGUGUUGUUUUUUCAAUUCGUGCCAGAACCCGAGUGAAGCAGGCUCUUGGAAGUGCAUAUUCCACCGCAGCCGCGACAAGUGCAGUGCCCACCACUGCCGCAACCAAGCGUGUGGUCGGGGCUACUGUGUGUCCCAUGGAGGCAAGCGGCCGUGCUUGUCGUUUGGCUGUGACGCGAACGCCCGUAUCGGUGGCUUUUGCAGCCGCCACGGCCAAACCAAGAAGAAACGGUCGUGUGAAGUCGAAGGAUGCACCAAGUUUGCCCACGCCAGGCAGCGCUGCGUCGCCCACGGGGGCGGGAGACGAUGCGAUGCGAAAGGAUGUUUGUCGCAGUCCCGCAAUGGGGGCUACUGCCAGCGCCACGGAAGGCAGCGCGCAAUUCUGUCGUCACAAGAGCGAAAACACCUUCAAAUCAAAAGCGAGCCGUCGAUAGCAGCGGAACAACAAUCUGGCGUGCGGUUCUGGGGCGACGCGUUGUGUAGCUCCCCCUCCACAAUGCUCAUGGGUGAUUGCUACCCCUACGACGACGAUCAUACACUGCUAGAUUUGGAUGAAGUGAAACUCCUCGAGCUGCUUCUGGAGGCGACCGCUGGCAAUUAAUCUAACCGUUCCUAUUUAAUACUACUUUAGUUCUAGUACCA